AUUUUGGGUCCGAGGUGAGUGUGUUAGUUUGGUUACCGCCGGGCUCAAGUGUCAGUGAACAGCCGAGAGUCGAGGCAGCUGCUCGUUGCAGGUUUGAUGCCCCGUUCAGAGGUUACUUGCGUUGAAAAUGACGCUGCCUCUCCGCCGUCUAGGGAUGGCCACGACCGGGAACCUCUCCGAAGAGCAGGUGCACUGCUCCAUCUGCCUUGACGUCUUCACCAACCCCGUGUCCAUCCCCUGCGGACACAACUUCUGCCAGGGCUGCAUCCUGGGAUACUGGAAAACCAGCCCCUUGUACCAGUGUCCCAUGUGUAAGAAGUCCUUCCACAAACGGCCUGAUAUCAGUGUUAAUACCGUGCUGAGGGAAAUCGCAGAGCAGUUCAAGGAGAUCAGGGUGAGGGGUGUGGAAGGGAAGGAGAGCACACAGGAGGAGGAGAGGAAAGAGAAGAAGUGGACAAUGGAGAGAAGGAAAAAGGAGGAUGAGGAGAGGCUUCUGGAGAAGGAGCAGCUUGUGGAGGAGCUGACGCAAGAGGAGGAGAGAAGGAGGCAAACCCCAGAGGACAAGAGGCAACAUCAAGAAGAGUUACCUCCAUUGAUCCCGUCUGUGUCGGCGCCCAAACCUUCUCCUCCACCUUCACCCCACACCACAGCUCAGGCUGCAGCUCCUCCACUGCCCCAAACAGCACCUCCACCCUCACCUCAAAUCCCAUCCCCCCAAACCUCGCCCUCCGCCUCCCCCCCACAUCCUUCCUGGGAGGACGUCCUGUGCGACGUCUGCCUCGGGGAGGGGAGGCCGAGAGCGGUCAAAUCCUGCCUGGUGUGUCUCACCUCCUACUGCGAGGAGCACCACAAGUCUCACGCCGCCAGGUUCACCAAGCACAAGCUGAUGGACCCCGUGGCCAACAUGGAGGACAGGAUGUGUCCGAAGCACGAGAGGCUGCUGGAGCUGUUCUGUAAGAAGGACCAGAUGUGCGUCUGCGUCCUCUGCACGGAGACCGACCACCGGGCGCACUACACCGUCCCCGUGGAGAGAGAGUGGACGGAGAAAAAGGCUCAGCUGAAGAGGACAGAGAUGGACGUCCAGCAGAUGAUCCAGGACAGAGAGAAGAAGGUGGAGGAGAUCAAACGUUCUCUGGAGCUCAACAAAGCCAGUGCUCUGGGGGAGAUCCAGCAGAGCAUGCAGGUCUUCUCCGAGCUGGUGCGAUCCAUCCAGAGGUCUCAGGCCGAGCUGGUUCUGGCCAUGGAGGAGAAGCAGAGGCAGACGGAGAGGUGGGCCGAGGGUCUCAUCUCGGACCUGGAGCAGGAAAUCACUGAGCUGAAGAGGAGGAAUUCAGACUUAGAGAAGGUGGCUCGGACCGACCACAUUCAUUUCUUAAAGAGUUUCCCUGCACUGAGCACAAGUCCAUCGGUUAAAGACUGGUCCGACACCAGUGUUCCCACCGACAUGUGUGUAGGCAUGAUCAGGAGGUCCGUGUCCAAACUGGAGCCGUUGUUAAACGAAAUGAUUGACAAACUGGCCGAUAGUGAGAUCAAAAAGGUUUUGAAUUAUACAGUGGACGUGACUCUGGACCCCGACAGCGCCAACCCGUGGCUGCAGCUUUCUCAGGACAGACACCAGGUGAGACACUUGGGGGCGUGGCAGGACCUCCCCGACCUCCCUGACCGCUUCGACACGGUGGUCAUCGUCCUGGGCCGAGAGGGCCUCACCUCGGGGAGACACUACUGGGAGGUCCAGGUGGGGGACAAGGACGACUGGUACCUGGGAGUCGCCAGGUCGUCGGUGAACAGAAAGGGCCGGAUCUCUGUGAGCACCACUCAAGGCUACUGGGCUCUGGCCAUGAAGAAAGGCCACGGGUACCGGGUGUCGACGUCUCCGCCCUUACCGAUCCCCCUCGACCCCAGGCCCAGGCGGGUGGGCGUGUACGUGGACCACGAGGAGGGUCAAGUGUCCUUUUACGACGUGAGAGCUCGGACCCAUAUUUACACGUUCCAAGAUGCGUUCAAGGAGAAGAUUCAGCCUUUUUUCUACCUGUACUGCUGCGACAAAGCCUCGGAUACCAUCGCCAUCCGUCCCGUGAACGAGAAAACCACGAUCAAGCAAAACUAAGCACACGACUGACAGUGAAAGAAAUGAGAAACGUGACUGUAUCGUUGUUCCUGUUUAAAUGAAAUCCUGUGAUUUAUGUAUAUUUAUUACGUAUAGAAUGUAGCUAACAUGGUAAUUAUACACCUCAUGUAUUCAUAUCAGCUCAUGGCUUCAAACCUCAAAGGAAAGUUCUUUGUUUUGGAAAAUACUUAUUUUUCGUGUUGAGGGUCAAAUAAGAAGAUUUAUAUGAUUGUCAUGUCUGUUAAAUAUGAACCCCCACACAGAAGGUGCUUAGCUUAGCUUAGCUCAGUGGAGAGAGUGGGUGUACUGCAGCCAGCCACCAGGGGGCGAUCAAGAUGAUUUGGCUUCAUCUUUUGCAGGUGUCAUGUCGUCUAUUUUUAAAUUCAGUCUAUGAUUUGACCAGAUUGGUGGAUGGAGCCAGACUCUCUGUUUCUCGUCUUUAUGCUAAGCUAAGCUAAGCUAAGCUAACCAGUUGUAGGCGUAUUGAUCUGGCCAAGAAUGUGACAAAGCAUAUUUUCCUGCAUAGAAUCUAUAAUUACAAAUGCAUAACAAAAAUUCACAGCUGCAUGUCGAUUUUUACUGAAGCAUGAAUGACCUGUAUGCGGUAAGAGAAGUGUGUUCAUGGUUUGGAGAAAUAAAUGAGUUCAAUGUU